AUGACGGAUUUCAACCGCGAGACCACAGGCCGCGAGGUCGUCCAAGCCUACGGCUCACGGCUCAAUAACAAGACCAUUGUCAUCACUGGGGCAUCUGAUGGCGGCUUAGGCGCAGCGACCGCUGUAGCUUUGGCCGGUGCAUCACCAGCGCACAUCAUCCUACUGGCGCGAUCGGCCAAGAAGGUGACUCCAGUGCAGGAACAGAUCGCCGCUGCAAAUGCUUCUGUCAAGACCUCAUUUGUGUCUGUCGAGCUCGACGAUGUCGAUUCGGUCCGCAAGGCGGCCUCCGAGAUUAACGACUUGACUGAUCACAUCGAUGUUCUGCUUAACAACGCUGGCAUAAUGGCAAUCCCCGAGUUCACGACCAACAAAGAUGGCAUUGAGUUACAACUUGCGACAAACCACCUCGGCCACUUCCUCCUCACAGCGCUCCUGUUCCCGAAAAUCGAAGCUGCAGGCCCAGGUGCGCGCAUCGUCAAUCUCACCUCGGAUGGCCAUGAGCUCGCUCAAUGCCACUUUGAAGACUACAAUUUCAGCGAUGGCAAGAAAUACCAUCCUUUCAGAGGAUACGGGCAGUCCAAGACUGCGAACAUCCUGUUCACCACGUAUCUGGCUUCGCACUUGAGUUCGCGACAGAUCUACAGCUUCUCCCUCCACCCUGGUGUAAUUAUGUCCACCGGUCUCUCGAAGACGAUGACGGAAGAGAUGGUGCGGACAGCCGACGAGAUCGCGACAGAAGAGACUGGCAUAGGUUUCACCAUCGAGGAACCAAAGGACAUUGAACAUGGGAUCGCAACGUCGCUGAUCGCGAUCCUGGACCCGAGGCUUGAGCAGCAUAAUGGAGCAUACUUGGAGGACGGCGCCAUCGCGGUCGCCAGGUCGUAUGCGACAAGCGAGCAGGGCGCGGAGCGGCUGUGGAAGCUGAGUGAGAAGCUGGUCAAGCAGGAGUUCAGGCUCUGA